AUGCUUCCUUCGACGCGGACAGCCGCCGCAAUGGCGUUGCGAGUCAAGCCCACGACCGCCAUCCUCCCUUUCCGUCCCGUCGCUGCCGCGGCCUUCUCGACGACCACCCCCCAGCACCAAGCCAGCGCGGUCACCCCCCACGGUGCCGGGAGCAGCCUCUCCAAGCCGCGUCGUGAGGUCCCUCUUCCCUCGCAGGAGAAGCCCAAGAGCGUCGUCCAAUAUGCGCUCACCACACUCGACAUUAUGGCCAACUGGGCUCGUCAAUCUUCGCUGUGGCCCAUGACCUUUGGUCUGGCCUGCUGCGCCGUCGAGAUGAUGCACCUCUCCACCCCUCGAUACGAUCAAGAUCGCCUCGGUAUCAUUUUCCGUGCUUCUCCCCGUCAGUCCGACGUGAUGAUCGUCGCGGGCACCCUCACCAACAAGAUGGCUCCUGCCCUGCGCCAGGUCUACGAUCAGAUGCCCGAGCCCCGCUGGGUCAUCUCCAUGGGUUCGUGCGCCAACGGUGGAGGCUACUACCACUACUCGUACAGCGUCGUGAGGGGGUGUGACAGGAUCGUGCCUGUCGAUAUCUACGUGCCUGGCUGCCCGCCCACCAGCGAGGCGCUCAUGUACGGCAUCUUCCAGCUGCAGAGGAAGAUGCGCAACACCAAGAUCACCAGGAUGUGGUACAGGCGAUAA